AAACGUCAGAACACAGCUGAUCUUUGUUUUGAUGGCUGUUAAUUUAUUUUAGUGUCUGUGUGAGUGAAUGUAAAUAUUUUCAGUUUAUGUGUUUUCUUUAAAAUCUUAGUACAUUCAGUACAUUUUCCAAUUGCUUUAAUCAUGAGUCUCGUCGCUAAUAUUUUACAGGGCGCUUCUAAAGUAGACUUGGAUGUUAUUAAUCGGAAUAUUCCAAGCAUAAGAAAAGAUAUGGAUGUUCUGAAAAAAGAUGUUGUGGAACAUGUAGAAAAUGUGCAUGUUAAAUACAGCCAGAAAAGUAAAUUGAACAAUGCCCGACUGAAUGAACUGUUAAGAUAUCAACAGACCUUAGAGGAAUUAAAGAAUAAAGGCGAGUUAGUACUGAACACAGACCUGAAUAAUGCUGAGAAGGAACUCUCCAACAACAUGAACGAGCUGAAGGUCACUGCUUAUAAGCUGCAAGUCUUACUUAGGGUGCAAUCAAUACUAAAGUUACUUGAUAAAUUUAAUGAUGAUCUUGGGCGUUUGCACUAUGUAAAUUGUGUCCAUUCUAUAAAAGCAUUAAAUGGUAUUUUCGAGGCUAUUCCGACAGAUGAAUAUCUAGAAGCUUUGUACACUCUGAAAGGAGCGGUGGCUGACAAACAGAACAUAUUAAUUGAAAGGUUGCAAACUGAAUUUUCUGAUAACAUUGAUUUGCAACACGAGAACUCGACUACAACAUUAAGAAUUAGAAAAGAGAAUGAGGAAAUGAAAAAUAUUAUUUCUGCAUUGGGCUGUUACUCUGAGUGCCUAGAACCUUUACAUUGUUUAGCCAGAAAGCUGUGGGAGGAUAUUUUUAUUCCCAUUGUGAAUGAAAACUUAAUAUUGGAAGAAAAAGAAGAUGAUAUGUUCGCUUCGUUGGUUCUCUGUUCCCAAUCCAAGGAAAAGACAAAUUAUUCAAUAGUAUUUGACAAUCUGGAGAUAGUUUUAAAAUUCUUAACAGUCAAUUUUACUUAUAAUAUAUCAGAAUCUAAGACUGCCUUGGAGUAUAUUGGCGGCGAUUUUAAUGAUAAUCUGUCUGAGUUGAUUGUAAAAAAUUGUUUGAGAGACACCAUACCUUCAAACGUGGAUGAACUGCAGAGGUACAACGUGAUAAUUGAUGCCACUGAGAAAUUGGAAAAAGCACUAUUAAAAUCUAAUAUUUUCACUACACAAACAGCUUCAAUUCUUGAGUAUGUUAACAAUGUGGACGUGCUGUUCAUUGAUAAAAUGUGUGCAGGAUACUCCAUGAAGGCCAAGGAAAUUAUGAAAAAGGAUUUGCAUGAUAUAACGGAAGUUGGUGUACCAUAUAAUCCUGAGUACCCUCUAGGUUGUGAUGAAAACUUUCCACAAUCUUCGAUUUCGAAAAACGUUGAAGAGUUAGUGAAUCUUUGCGUUGAACUACUGGAAAAAGCCGCUGUGGCUUCACCAGGCUGCAGUGCCAUACUAUUUACCAACGUCUUAAAUAUUUUGUCGACAUAUUGCGCUUUUGUACAGGAAUUUCACAAAGCUUACUUAGCAACGCUACCGCAACAAAUCGCCGUCUUUUUGAAUAACUGUCUUUAUAUGGCCUAUAAUUUGGAUAAAUGGGAUAAAUCAUAUUCCAAACAGUUGGAGACUGUUCUGGAAGUCGGCAAUUUUACAAUGGAAGCAAAAAUAAUUUCGGCACAAGGUCGAGAAGUAUUCAAUAAGUACAUCGUAGCCCAAGUGAAACAGAUAAACGAGAUAAUGGAUGGAGCCGAACUCGAUGUCCUUGCUCUAGAAAAAUUAAGCCCCAAAACAGAGAAGUGUAUACGACAGUGUUUGAGACAACAGGAACUCCUUCGAACCGUUUGGCAUAAAGUGCUUUCGUACGAAAUAUAUAACAAGAACAUUGGAAUUAUUGUAAAUGCUUUAUGCAAACAUCUCAUUACCGCUAUAAUCAAAUUCGAAGACAUUCAAGCAAACGUAUCAGAGAAGCUGAUCGAUGUAAUAAAGUUGAUUCUAACCAGAGCUCCCAAGCUAUUUAUCGAUGCGAAUGAAAUUACACUGUAUGUACCUCUAUGGUAUAAACUAAACGAGCUUACUUUUGUACUAAAUUCAAAUUUGGUAGACAUUAACGAUAGGUGGGCAAGUGGGAAAGGACCUCUGGCUUUACAAUUUGAACCAACUGAACUGAGAGGACUUGUUAAAGCGCUGUUUCAAAAUACAGACAGGAGGGCGACGGUUCUAGCUAGAAUUUGUUAGCUGAAUUUAAGCGGAUAUGUAUUUUUGGUUGUUGGAUGAGUAUUUCUAAAUAUGUUAAGUUUCCAAUUUCUCGUAUUACAUUUAUUAAUAUAAUUAAAUACAAAUGUUUUAAAACGUUCAGUUUUUCUGUGAUUGGUAUCAAUAGUAAUUUGGGUUGUAACUUGACAUGUUGUUCAUAGGAAAGUUAUUGAUAUAUUUUUCUAUUCAGUCGCUUUAGAAAUAUGUACCUAUUAAAAGUGUUUGUAACUGUU